GAACAUUCGAGGUGACUUGGUCUAACUUUGGCCCUGUUGAUGACGUCUCAUAACCUGUGGUAAUGUUUUACAACGGGAAAUGCUCUUGCUUCCAAUUGGCCACGGCAUCCUGUAGUCAUCCAAAUGCCUGAAAGACCACUUUAUUACUGUCGAACCCAUCGCAAGACUGCUUUAUCAUUCUCAAGCCGGUGUACCCAGGCUCCUUCUAUUCCCAAAACUCCUCGUCUCAGCAGCCAACCUCACAAACAUCAAUUCAUUUUCCGAAAUCGGAGCAUUCUUGAAAACUCACUCCCCAAGCCCUUGGCGAUACCCCGUUCCAUCAAAUCUUAUCUGAUCUGGAGCCUAUGAUUGCUCGAUAUACUCAGCGGCCUCGAGGCAGGGACAGUCUAGCAACAGCUAGCACAGAAACGCAGAUAAUCGAGGACUGAUCGACGAUGAGAUUAAAAGCACGUCUAUCCCCCCCCUACCCUAAUCCCUAAUGAUUGUUUGUGAAUAUUCCCACCUUCCAGGCAUCCAAGUUUGCUUGACAUCUAGUGUCCCAAGCUAUCAAUGGCAGUUGAAACAGAAGAUCACUCCCAGGACGCAAGUCGGCAGGGUAAUGAUAACGUUGCCCCGCCUGUCCAACAUGGCGUGCUCAAAUCCGAACUGAUUCACAGUCUCUGGACGAAGAAGACCUUGACUGUCGCAUAUCUCGGGCUGACCCUGACCACCUUUGUCCUCUAUCUCGAGAUUUACUCGACCUGGGUCUAUUUUCCAUACGUAACCAGCGCCUUUAGUAGCCACUCCAUGUUGACCACGGCGGGUAUUGUUCAGAACAUUGCCGACGUUGCCGCAUACCCCAUCGUUGCAAAACUCUCAGAUGUCUUUGGUCGCGCCGAGGGUCUAACCUUGUCCGUUGGCUUUUCCGCCAUUGCAAAUGCUUUGGCCGCCGGAUCCCAUAAUAUCGAAACUUAUGUCGCUUCCAAUAUCUUCGAGGCUAUCGGAAAUGCCGGUUUCACCAUCAUGCAGCAGGUCUUCAUUGCAGACACCACCAAGCUCAUUAACCGUGGCAUCUGGGCUUCCCUGAUCGAGGCGAUCUGCGUCAUCCCGGUUCUAUACAUCGGUACCAUCAUCGGUGAGAGCAUGCUCAAUCAUUCCACCUGGAGAUGGGGAUACGGAAUGUGGGCGCUCGUCGUCCCCGUCAUGUCUAUACCGCUCGUGUUUACCUUGUUCUAUCAUCAAAGACGAUCCAAAGCCAAGCUGGGCGGUGCCAGUCGCACUAUCAGUGUUCUCGGUGGGGUUCCAGCUUCUGCGUCACUGCUUCGGAAAUUGGUCCAUGUGGUGUGGAUCGAGUUGGAUGUUCUUGGGGUCUUGCUACUAAUCGCAGGGCUCUCGCUUACACUCAUUCCACUGUCCAUAACAGGGGCUUACAACACAUAUAAGUGGGGAGACAGUUCGACGAUUGCUAUGAUAGUCGUCGGGAUUGUGCUGCUUCUCGCAUUUUUCGCCUGGGACGCCAAAUACGCCAAAUGCCCACUCUUUCCCUAUCGUAUGGUUCGCGACAGAACCGUCAUCGCGGCUUGUGUCCUUGCUUUUGUCGACUGGGUGGGAUAUGCGACCAGUGCAACCUUUCUCUCCAGUUAUUUCCAGGUCGCCGUGGGUCUUUCCCCAGGAAAUGCAACCCGUAUCGACAAUGCCAAUCGUGUCACCUUUCAAGUGGGAUCAGUUUUCGUCGGUCUCCUUAUGCGUUGGACCAAACGUUCACAGCCUUUUGUCCUAGUUGGAGUUCCCAUCGCCGUCCUAGCCCAGGGAGUUUUGAUAUACAUGGUCGACAUCAACGGCGCAUAUCCGGCCAGCGAGGCGGCGUUCGUGACCUCAAGAGUUCUGUCCGGCCUCGGUCGAGCCUUCUUUUCUACAGCUUCACAGGUUUCAAUCCAAGCCUCGGUCGUGCAGCAGGAUGUUGCGGUUGGUACGGGUAUCUUCCUGGCCGCGAUGAGUGUGGGUUCUUCGGUCGGUAGAUGUAUUGCAGGAGUGAUUUGGAACCGGUAUCUUCCUCAGAAACUUGAGCAAUACCUACCAGCCGAUGCCGUUUCUGACGCACCAAACAUUUUUGCCUCCUUCAUCUACGCUAUGGAAUUCCCCGAGGGAGGGCCUACCCGUGAAGCAAUCAAUCGUAGCUAUCGAGAAACAACCAAGAUUUUGGCCAUCGCGGCAACAUCAAUCAUGGCAGGCAUGCUUAUGAUCCAGCUGUUCCUCAAGAAUAUCAACCUGGCAGAAGCCGAUGGGAAGAGAGAAGAACAGCUUGCAACUGCCGACGGGUUUGCUCUGGAGAACAUUGGUUCCUCCCACCGAGCGACGGCGGCGGAUAAUGUGCAGCGGGCCGCGCACAGCAAGUCUUGAGGGUUUCCAGGACGGGAAAUAUGCCCAAGGAUAAGAGUUCGUCACAGAUCUAUCGAAUAUUCACAGUUUGUCCAUUGCGGCCCUCCAGCAAUCGUGUCCAAUCACCAUAUUUGCUUGUUAGGCGCGAGCAGAUUUCCCAACCCUUGGCUGUGCCACGAGCCGUAGGGAGCAAAAAGCCAUGCAUAUGUGGACAAUGGAACAAUGCUUUGCGCAAACAGAAGAUUAUCAUUU